AUGAAGGACAUAUUGACUUUAGCCAAAGAGAUUAAAGCCCAAGACCACUACUGUUCAUGGAAAAGUCUUGACCAAACUGCAGUAAACUUCAAAGAGCACAACGUUCCGAUUGCUUUGAUAUUCACAGUUAACCAUAGUUUGUCGCCAAUAAAGUUACAUUCAGUUCUGGAAACUUAUCAUAGACUAGCUUGCUUAUUACCUGAAGACUCAAAUCAGUUGUACGCGGUCGUUUCGCACUUAUCCAAGAAUCCAAAGUUAUACUUUGGAAAAGUUCACAAUAUUCGCAAAUUGCAUCGCAGUUUCGAUGCUAUUAGUGAGCCAAGUGCAGAUGGUGGUGAAUCAGGGAAUGGUACGUGUUAUCUGAUUCAAAAAACGAUCACAAUGAUAAGCGAUUGGCUACCGAAAGCGUUUUUCUUUGAAAAAGUCAUCAAACAUAUUAUUCUUAUAAAUGGUCAUAGCGAGCAGUGUCCUGUAAGCGAGCAUUUUCACGGAAUUUACUUCAAAGACAGUAAAUUACAUCGCUGGUUCGUGAACCAAAUAGUCUUGAAUGCUACAAAAAUGCAUCAAUUACAUUAUUAUGAUUUGCUUCGAGGGAAGGACAGUGAAAAGUUGCUGAAAAAUGGCAAAGAACAAAACAUUUUAGAAGGCAUCCAAUUGAUACUUUCUCAUGACAUCGGGCAAGCUAGACAAGGCCAGUCUUAA